AUGGAGGCUCUCGCUACUUCCACUGCCGUCGGCACUUCCUUGCAGCGGCUGGUCUCAAGGCAGUCGUCCAGCGUGUCUCUGCGACCCAAUGCGACUGCUGCCAGACGUUUAGCCUGCACUUGCGCUGCUGCAGGCGACGGCGAUGCGGGUCAGUCGUCGGAGCCCAAGUGGAAGCAGAAGCUCGCAGCGGCUGAAGCUCAUGCGGAGCAAACCCGUCAGGCCACCGCCAGGGCGCAGGAGGAGUAUCGGCGCAGACAGAUGGCGCAGCGGAAGAGCGAGGCAACCGGGGGGGCAACAGCCGGAGCAGCCGCAGGAGGAGCGGCAGCAGCAGCUGGAGCGCACCCGCGUAUGGCGGAUCUAGACUGGGUGCCGUAUCUUACAGAGGAGGGGCUUAUAUCGGAUUGCACGCAAGCGGGAGCCAAGGCGUCCGUGUAUGGCAUCUACAAUGACGACAAAGUGCUACAGUACAUCGGCGUGUCUCGCCAGGUGUACCAGAGCAUGCGGCUGCACUUCGCGCGGGUACCGAGUGCAUGUGCGUGGAUAAAGGUGACCCACAUCACGCGCCCCUCCAAGGCGGUGCUAGAGGCAAUCAAGGACCAGUGGAUUGCAGAGAACGGGGCUGCCCCCCCGGGGAAUGACGAGGGGCCGGAGCAGAACCGGUGGGAGAACCCUCUUGACUGCAAGCCCCUCAUGACUGAGGAAGAGAAGAAGUCAGUGGACUAUGCUGCUCCCGGUCCUCCCAAGGCCAAGGCACUGAAGGAGGUAGCGAGACGAGUGGAGAGGGAGCUAGAGGCGGCGUUCAAGGCGCGGAAUUGCAAGGAGGUGCUCCGGUUCGACCCCAAGCUCAAGGAGGAUGGGUUGUUGGACCUCAAGAGCACGGCCGCCCGGGCUCCUGAUACGGCUAAGCCCUACAUCUUCGACGUGCGCACUCGUCCCCGCUCGAUUACCUCCGUUACAGGAACAAAAGAUCUGCAGAUGGUGAAUCUGACACUGCGAGUGCUCUCCAAGCCGGAAAACACCCACCUGCCGACCAUUUUCAAGACCCUCGGCACGGAUUACGAUGAGAGGGUGCUGCCUUCUAUCGGCAACGAAGUGCUUAAAGCCGUCGUGGCUCAAUUCAAUGCGGAUCAGCUACUCACAGAGCGUCCAUAUGUGUCGAAGCUUGUGCGGGAGGCGCUGACGCAGCGAGCCAAGGACUUCAACAUCGUGCUGGAUGACGUGGCACUGACCCAUCUUUCGUAUGGCGCAGAGUUCUCCAAGGCUGUUGAGCAGAAGCAAGUUGCCCAGCAGGAGGCUGAGAGGUCCAAGUUUGUGGUGAUGAAGGCGGAGCAGGAGAGGCUGGCAGCGAUCACACGGGCAGAGGGCGAGUCUGAGGCUGCCAAGCUG